CAGCAUGCAGGUGAGACGGUACUGACAGUGGUACAGCACGCAGGUGAGACGGUACUGACAGCGGUACAGCACGCAGGUGAGACGGUACUGACAGCGGUACAGCACGCAGGUGAGACGGUACUGACAGCGGUACAGCACGCAGGUGAGACGGUACUGACAGUGGUACAGCACGCAGGUGAGACGGUACUGACAGUGGUACAGCACGCAGGUGAGACGGUACUGACAGUGGUACAGCACGCAGGUGAGACGGUACUGACAGUGGUACAGCACGCAGGUGAGACGGUACUGACAGUGGUACAGCACGCAGGUGAGACGGUACUGACAGCGGUACAGCCCGCAGGUGAGACGGUACUGACAGCGGUACAGCCCGCAGGUGAGACGGUACUGACAGCGGUACAGCACGCAGGUGAGACGGUACUGACAGUGGUACAGCACGCAGGUGAGACGGUACUGACAGCGGUACAGCACGCAGGUGAGACGGUACUGACAGCGGUACAGCAUGCAGGUGAGACGGUACUGACAGCGGUACAGCACGCAGGUGAGACGGUACUGACAGCGGUACAGCACGCAGGUGAGACGGUACUGACAGUGGUACAGCACGCAGGACUGAGAAUGACGGAUAAAGAGUCCGUAUCGGUGAAAUGGGAAAACCAUCACUCUGUCCUUCUUCAUGCCAUUCAGGAGAUAUACGUGAAGGAAAUCUUUGCUGAUGUGAAAUUAAAAUGUGGUGGUCGUGAACACUGGGUGCACAAAUUUAUUCUCUCGGCCUGUAGUGAAUAUUUUCAGAAUUUGUUGAUAGAUGUUCCUCAUAAAGGAUCUGUUACUGUUCCCCAUAAUAUUCAGUAUAAAGAACUCGCCUCCAUCCUGGACUUCAUGUAUCUGGGAGAAAUCGUCGUACCCCAGACAGACUUGGCAGAGCUUAUAAAUGCUGCUGAAAUUCUGAUGGUUCGAGGGCUUGCAGUUCCAUGUGAGGAUUUUAGUGAUGGAGAAAAUAUCAGGGAUGAUUCAAAACCAAAGGAAUUAUAUAAAAUUUCAAACAAAAUGCAAAGGAAUUUUUUAGAGAACAAAUUUCCAAAAACUAAUAAGGAAAUAGUAAGCAAGAAGAGAUUUAGUCGUGAGAGGGCUGCUACUAAACGACAAGGAAUUCCAUACCAAGGCAGAGAAAGAAAUAAGACUAAUGAAGAAAUCAGAAUUAAAAAAGAACUUGUUGAGUAUGAUGAGGCAGAUCAACCAGAGUUGACAGAUGAUAACACAGAUUGCUACUUGUUUCAAGAAAGUUCGUUUACAAAUAGGAACACACUCGACAGAGAAGCAACAGUGGAGCCAAGUGUUGAUCAGGGCUGUGAAGGAUCAAGUGCCAACAUCAACACUCUCUUGAAAGUCUUAAUAGACAACACUCCUGAAAAUGGAAAAAUGGAGCAUGCUAAUUAUUCAAAGAGAAAAUCUACUAUUCAUUCCAUCAGCAAGGAGCCCAUAAAAAAGAAACCAAACUCUGUUACUGAAACUGAUACAGGGCUUGUGUGUCAUGAGUGUAGGAAGACAUUCCAGUGGAGAAGUAACCUUACAAAGCACAUGAGAACUCAUACUGGAGAGAAACCGUACAGCUGUAGCAUUUGUUCAUACAAAACGAGCUAUAGUGAAGCCUUGAAAAGACACACGAGAAUACAUACUGGUGAAAAACCAUAUGCAUGUGACAUAUGUGAUUACAAGAGUAGAGACUACGGCUCAUUAAAAGUUCACAUGAAAAAACAUAAUCAUGAAAAUAACAUAUUGUUAUAAGCUCUUUAGCAAUAAGUCCUAAUGAUUUUUAAUGGUACCUAUUCAUUUGGACACGUCAUAUCGUACAGAAAAUGGUUUGCCAAUGGAUUUUAAUACCCACUUAUGCUUAUCCAACCUAACUUAACCCAAACCAACCUAACCCAACCUCGCCUAAUACAGCCUAACCUAUAGCAAGGCACCCUAACUUAACAAUAUUUAUGACUAGCAGUACCCGGCCACGCAUUGCUGUGGCUCAGCAAUGCAUGUGUGUUGCCUUCCCUGUCCCCCAGUCCUCCCCACCAUUCCCCUCUCACCCGUUUCCUCGGCCUCCCAACCAUUCCCC